AUGUUACCCAAGGCCACUAUUACUCUAGCUAUCGCCUUCUUUGCUACCCCGGCACUAAUAGCAGCGGCAACUAUCAACAAGAGGAUUGUCGACGGACAAGACGCCAAAGAUGGUGAAUUUCCAUUCGUGGUCAACCUCCAAUUGACGGGUCCCCAGAGCUGCGGAGGAACCUUGCUAGACCAGUAUACUGUUCUUACGGCGGCUCAUUGCGCCAAGGUCGCAUCCAUCUCGGAGACCAUUGUAUGGGCAGGAACGACGCUCAACACGAAAUCGGGAUUGUCGAGCAAUAUUACCGGCGUCAGGAUUCACCCGGAUUUUGAGAAAGCUUCUCAUCUUCAAAAUGACAUUGCCCUCUUGUAUUUAGAGAGCGGCUUUCCCGAGAGCAACGCGGUCGGCUACGCAGUGCUAGCAGCAGAUGGUUCAGACCCCGUGGCCGGUUCCAAUGCAACAGCCAUAGGCUGGGGCGUGACAGAUCCUGCCAAGUACGCUGAAGACACAAUCGUAUGCGCUGGCGGGAAUGGCAAGAACACAUGCUCCGGUGAUAGCGGCGGACCUCUUGUCCUCCAGGAGACGCAAGAAGUGAUCGGUAUCACGUCAGAAUCCCUAACAGAUGACAACGGAGAGUCGUGUAACGGGGCUCCCUCCAAGUAUACUAGAGUUGGUAGCUACAUCGCCUGGAUCAGCGCAGCUCGUAACGCGGGGCCGACCAAACAGCUAAGCCGUGAUGAGCAGGAAGCCCAAGGGUAUUGCGAGGCAAUUCGCCGCGGCUCUGAUAAGUCUUGUCUAGACCUGUUGCUGUAUUGCGUCCAAAACUACGAAAAAGACGGCUAUACUGCACUCAACAAGUGCGCGAUAGAAGCGUUCACAAUACUUAUUAUCACCAACCGUACUAGACUGCUUCAGUACUGGGUCGCUUCAACCAGAAUGCUUGUGCAGGACUCUAGCAGCAUGUAUCUAGAAAAGCUAGGCGUGGCAUAG